CUCUCGCGAGUGCGCUGGUUCUGUGGAACUAGAACUCUGUUGCACGAGAGCCAUGUCUGCGCUGAGGAAAUUAAUUUCGGGCUCCAGCAAAGCCGGCGCGUGCGGGAGGCACAUUCUGGAGUUCGCGUCACACGACGAAGCUGCCCUGUGUAGGCAGGCGCACGCGUCCCCCGCGCUGCAGAAGUCUCCGGACGCGGCGGCCAUGUCGCGGCAGCCGGGCAGGGCCGGCCUCCGGACUUCGCUGCCGCUGACCAAGCCCAUUGCGGACCGCUCCGCCGCGCCGCCUCCGGAGCGUCCGCAGAUACGCAUCGAUCCCAGCCUCCUAAAUCUGCAGGAGACGACCAGCCAGCAAUCGAGGAAUCGUCCCGGUAGAGCAAACAAUCAGUCCAAGGCUUCCACGGAUAAAUGAACAACUUUUAUAGACCCUUAUGUGUAUACGUGUAUGUGACGUACACAGUAUAGUACAGAACCAAAGGCCUCCAGCACCACGGUCCCACAGACGAAGAAUCUGCAGCAACACAUCAGUAAUCUGGAGGAGACAAAGAUUAUGCUGCAUCCGAGCUGCUGUUGAUACCCGACGACGUCUUCCUUCCUCCAGUGCUAUAACGAUAAAAACUAGCAGAAACCUAUAUCUGCCAUAGUAGAGUAUGUCUAUCAUUAGAGUUGUACAUAGAAAAAUGGCAUAGCCGGUUGAAGCUGUAUAAAUUUAUUACGGAAGUUGAAAUAGAUUGUAAACUUAUAGAUUUCAUUAAGACUACUGAAAUUUAUGUGUUGCCAAAGUAAUAAACUAACAGAGCAUAACUCCGUCCAAAUAUGAGAGUCUAACGACCAAACUCCAACCCUACCAAGGUAAAAAUAUUUUAUCUUUCUUGUGAUGUGAUUUUGUGUAUAAAAUUAUAAGCACUGACAAGAAUACCCUUAUUGAUGCCUAAGCUAAUAAAGAGCUAAUUUUGUAUUUUUGAA